UUGUUGCAGCUAUGGGGCUGCUGCCUAGGGGUGGCCCUGCCAGGAGAGGGGCACCCUCAAAGGUGAGGUCGCCUAAGCUACUGGAGGUCCUGAGCGCUCUGGAGGAAGAUGGGCUUAGCAGCACCAGGGAGGACAUUUUCAUUGCACCCGCCAACAAUGCCUCCGGGGACUUCACUGAUGAGGAUUCUGGGGAAGAAGACAGUGGCCGGAAUGGUGCCCAGCUGCCUGGCCGGAUGCUGUAUGCUUCAGUUGUGUCUGAGGACUCGGACUCCCAGGAGGAGGGGGACUAUGACAAGCCGGAGCUACAACCUGCCAAGAAAAGGCGGGAGGCAGCAGUGGAGCCCCAGCACGUUUAGACCAAGAGAGACGACAUCCUUCCAGACUUCAGCAGCUGGACAGCCUCAGACCCUCAUAUAGAGGACCUCAAAACCAAGGAACUGAGUCCUGUGGGACUCUUUGAGCUGUUUUUUGAUGAUGGGACAAUCAAUUUCAUUGUUGACGAAACUAACCGUUAUGCUAGGCAGAAAAAUAUCGCCCUGGAUCCCACAGCCCAGGAACUGAAGUGUGAUUUGGGCAUCUUGAUUUUAAGUAGGUACGUCUCCUAUCCAAGGAGACAGAUGUUUUGGGAGACAGCUCCUGAUCAUCAUCACCUUGUGGCUGAUGUUAUUAGAAGAGACAGAUUUGAGCUGAUCUUCCUGCAUUUUGCAGAUAACAGUGAACUCGAUGAAAGUGAUAGGUUUGCCAAGAUCAGGCCCCUCAUCAUCUGUAUGAACUGUAACUUCCAGAAGCUUGCUCCCCUGGAAGAGUUCUACAGUUUUGGUGAAUCUGUCUGUGAAUACUUUGGGUGCCAGAGGACCAAGCAGCUGCACUCAGGGUGUGGAACGACCAGCAGAGGCUACCUGGUGUGGUUUGAGCCUUCACAGGGUACAUUCACCAAGCCAGACUGGGGCUUGGAUAUAGGAGGCAGUAUGGUGGUCACAUUUUUGGAUGCCCUUCAGGAGGGUGGCUCCUUGCCAUAACACACAUUCUUUGACAAGCUCUUUUUUGACUUUACAAGCGUCAAACUGAUGUCCAUUUUGAGGAAAAAAGGGGUGAAGGCCACAGGAACUGUUUGUGAGUACAGAACUGAUCAUUGCCCCCUCUAUAAGGUGGACUAUAAGGUGGACAAGAGUGAGGAGAUCAUUGUGUGCCUGUGGCACACCAGCCGCGUGGUGAACAUCUGCUCCAAUGCGGUGAGCAUAGAGCCAGUGAGGCAGACCAGCUGCCACCUGGGAGCAGCCAAAGCUGGGGCACAGGCCCACCAGCCAUCCCUGGGGAAGCUCUAUCAGGAGAAGGCCAGAGGGGUUGACCAGAUGGACCAGAACAUCGCCAAGGACAAGGUAAAGAUCCAGGGCAUGAAGUGGGACUUAAUCAGCUACAUCAUCGACGCAGUCCUCAACAAUGUGUGGCAGCUGCACUGGGUAUGCUGCCAGGACGUGCAGGUAGACCUCCUCGCCUUCUGCAGGUACAUGGCCCGCCUGCGUGUGUCUGGAGAGCGUGUGUCUGGGACACUUCGUCACCCGGUAGGCGGAGCCCUCUGCCACUCACAGACCAACACCCGCUGUGAGAAGUGCCAGAAGGGUGUCCAUGCCAAGUGCUUCCCGGAGUACCAUAUUCCGAGAGGCCAGAGAGCUGCUUCUUCCAGCUAUAGCGACGUCACUGGGACCAUCUGCAGGUUUUAUUUGUGGCGCUUUUGCCACUGAUCACUGAUGACUUAGUUUUGUAGUCUCUCCCAGGCCUCAUCACAGUCCUCUUUUUUUUUUUUGAGCUGAGGA